AACCAAAUUUAAUAAUUUCAUUUAGGAGCACGUCAUUAAACCACGUGACAAGGGGAGCCAAUCCCGUUUUGUUCUAUUGAUACCCCGGUAGAAACAAAAUUUCAAAUUCGAGGUUGCCAUUCGUACACGGUUAAUAGUCGGUUUACUUACUUAAAGGGCUAGUUAAGUCGAGAAUGCUGCCCACUGGAGAUGUGCAAGGGUGUCUUCGUAAAUUGGAAACUCUCUUACGAAUAGUGAAGUACCCUGGACAUGUCGACUACAAUGGCCUUUCUAAAGGAGACCCCUCAGCCUUUCUGCCAAUAUUGAGCUUCAGUCUCACCACAUUCUCUCCACCUUUUGCUGAGCAACUCGUGGCAGCUGGACUGGAGCUGACAGGCAAAACUGACCUGAGAUUCACUGACACUCUCUAUAAGGUUCUGCGAGAUAUAUUCCACUACAAGCCCAUAGUCUCCAAGCAACAGUUCCUGCAGAGGGGUUUUGCGCAAAGAAAGAUUUCUACCCUUUGUGACAUCAUUGACUUGGUCCUGCAGAGACACAGUGAGCUGAAGAAGCCCAGAGUCAGAAAUUCAGUGUCCCACAAGGACACAAGAGCAGAGCACCAUCCAAAACUGACUCAGCCAGAUACUGUUUGUGACCGGCCCUUUGUUGUGAAUCACAUGAAAAAAGACAACUCAUUGUCAUGUGAGAGUGGAGUGCAGGUCUUGCAUGAUGAAGUAUACUCAUCCAAUUCUUCUGAAAAUAGGAUUUCAAGCCUGACAGAAAAGAAGCAGGAGGAGGAUAAUAUUCGAUAUUCUUCCAAUAUAGAGCGAAGGCUUUCUGUAAUGGAAGUUCAAAUCGAGAGUCUUUGUUGUGGUCUUAAAAGGCUCAGUGCCCUGGAAGACCAUCUGGAGGAGCUAACAAGCCGGACUAACACAGAAAAGGAACAAGAAUUGAUCACAAUAUCAAGAGAGAGCUGGGAAAAUCUAAAUGGUAGAAUCCUAUUACUGGAAACUAAACUGGAACUGGGCCACACAAAGGUUUUCCUCCACGAUGUGAGUCAUCUGCCCUAUUCCACUCUUUCAGCUCCAAAUCUGAUGCUUCCAAGGGUGAUAUAAAAGACAGACUCGAGAAGAUCACCAACAUGUUGAGGAGUACUUCUACUCAAAUGAAGAGUACAGAAUGAUCGACAGUACCCUAUAAAUGUCCAGCCAUCCAUCCAUUUUCUCCACCGCUUAUCCUCACUAGGGUCGCUCGCGGGUAUGCUGGAGCCUAUCUCAGCUAACUGUUGGCUAGAGGCGGGGUACACCCUGAACUGGUUGCCAGCCAAUUGCAGGGCACAUUUAAACAAACAACCUUUGACACUCACAUUCACACCUACGGGCAAUUUAGUCUUCUCACCCUACAAAUAGACUGAUUUGCUCUUUAAGUCAGAGUAACAUUAAAUUAUUCACUUUAGCCCCUCCGUUCAUCAAAUCUAGCUUCUAGCUUUAGUGGUUUGCCUUUGGUAAUAAUGGAAGCAUGUCUUUUUUUGAGGGCCAAAACUGAAGUUGGGUCAUAUUUUUGUUCAGCAGAAUUCCAAAAUUCCAUAAACUAUCAGCGGCAUGGUAGCCGACUGGUGAUUAAAUCCGCCUCACAGUUCAGUGGAUGUGGGUUCGUAGCCGGGUAGUAACCUUUCUGUGUGGAGUUUGCGUGGGUUUUCUCUGGGUACUCCGGUUUCCUCCCACAUUCCAAAAAACAUGCAUGUUAGGUUAAUAGAAGACUAAAUUGUCCUAAGGUGUGAAUGGUUGUUUGUUUUUGUGCUCUGCGAUUGGCAGGCAACCAGUCCAGGCUGUACCCCGCCUCUCGCCCGAACUCAGCUGGGAUAGGCUCCAGCACAACCCACAACCCUAAUUGAGGAUAAGCGGUAUAGAAAAUGGAUGGAUGGAUGGAUGAUCGAUGCUGUUCAGCUGUCACUACAUUUACUGUUGUGCUCAAUUAACUCACAUCACAAUAUGUUUAACAAGCACAAAUGGACCCUGAACACAGCUCAAAGCAGUAGAGUGCGAGUGGAUGUCCUGCACCUGGAGAAAAUGAGUUUGACAUUAUGAAAUGGUACCACUUUAGUUUUUUUUUUUUUGGGGUUAGGGUUAGUUUUGAUUUGUUAAUAAUUUUACAUAUUUAUUAUUUAUAUUUAAAUGUGUGUGUAUAUUUCAGAAAUUGUGUAAAUUGUGUAAUAUAAUAUUGUGUCAUUUGUUGUAUGUUCAGUUCAGUUUCUUUGAUUUCUUGAUCAAUUUUCUUUUUUUUUUUUGACAGUCUCCUUUUUUUUUUUUUCAAUUAUGCCACAACAUCACCAUGUCUUUUUUUUAAACUACCCAUGACUCAGUCAGAAUGUCUGUUGAACAUAAAACAGGCCAUGCAAUUUAACAUGAGAAUAUCUAUUUAUUUAUUCAUAAAUAUUAGUAUGAAUAAUAAAUGAAGGGUAGUUCAUAGAUUUUAUUUACGUCUCAAACUCAAUACUGUACAUUGAUAGCUUUUUUAAAAUACCGAAUAAAAUGAUCUACAUUAAAAAUAAAUCUAGUGGUGAUGCAUUUAGAAGUCAUAUUUAUUUUUACAUACCACACUUGUUUUGUUUGUUAAAAUAGAGAAAACCGGCGGCACGGUGGGCGACUGGUUAGAGCGUCAGCCUCACAGUUCUGAG